CAACUAAGAUUAUACACACAAAUAUCUAUAUCUCUACUCUAAUCGCCCAUACAACAAGAUUAUUCAUUUAUAUAUUUCAAAAAAUUAAAAGCUGUUAAAUUGUGGCGCCAUGGGAGCUCAAGUGAAUGAAGAGAGAGAAAGCUCCGUGGACGAUGAAAUUCAAAGCACCAAGACUUUAAUCUGCGCCGUCAAUCUUCUCUCUCGCAAUCUCCCCCUUCCUCCUCAUCUCUUCGAUGCCGUUUCUUCAAUCUACAACGCCGCUGGAUCUGCCUCCGCGCCGCUUGAUGAUAUCGAGAAUGGCUCUGAUAUCUCGUCUGAAGGAAAUUUGAUGGCAGAACUUGAGGAUGCAUUGUCGGAGCAGCGACCAAAUUAUAUGUCAGGCGCUGGAUUGACAAAACAAAGGGAAGAACGAUUACAGAGUAACAUACAGCAUCGUAUAACUGAACUUGAAGAAUUGCCUGCAAGCAGAGGAGAGAGCAUCCAGUCGAAAUGUUUGCUUGAGCUAUAUGGACUGAAGCUAGCUGAGUUGCAAAAAAAGGUUCGGUCGGAUGUGAAUACAGAAUUCUGGCUACGCAAGAACUGCGCAUGUCCAGAGAAGCAGUUGUUUGACUGGGGAAUGAUGCGUUUGCGUCGUCCUCCAUAUGGGGUAGGGGAUGCUUUUGCUAUGGAAGCCAAUAAUAAUAUGAAAAAGAAACGUGAUGCUGAGAGGCUUUCAAGAUUGGAAGAAGAGGCAAAGAACCGAGUCGAGAACAAGAAACGGAAAUUCUUUUCCGAGAUACUUGAUGCAGCUCGCGAGCUGCAAUUACAAAUACAGGCUGCUCAAAAGCGCAGGAAGCAAAGAAAUGAUGGUGUUCAAGCAUGGCAUGGAAGGCAAAGGCAACGUGCUACUCGAGCUGAGAAAUUGAGACUCCAAGCUUUAAAAGCUGAUGACCAGGAAGCCUACAUGAGAAUGGUCGAGGAGAGCAAGAAUGAAAGAUUGACUAUGCUUCUUGGUAAAACUAACGAGCUGCUUGUUCGUUUGGGUGCUGCUGUUCAACGUCAAAAAGAUGCUGAGCAUGAUGGAAUUGACUCCUUAGAUGGAUCCGAAGACGAUCUAGUUGACUUGUCUCCCUCUAAGGCUGAAACACUUGGGGAUUUAGUAAGAGAAGAAGAUGCUGAUAUAACUGACAAAGAACCUGAUCAAGGUGUAAAGCCGGGUGAUUUACUUGAAGGUCAACGGCAGUAUAAUUCAGUUAUUCAUUCAAUUCAGGAGCAGGUUACAGAGCAGCCACUCAUGCUUCAAGGUGGAGAACUGAGAGCAUAUCAGAUUGAAGGACUUCAAUGGAUGCUAUCUUUGUUUAAUAACAAUUUGAAUGGGAUUUUAGCAGAUGAGAUGGGAUUGGGGAAGACAAUCCAAACCAUUUCAUUGAUCGCAUAUCUCAUGGAGAACAAGAAUGUAAGUGGACCCCACUUGAUUGUGGCCCCAAAGGCUGUGCUACCAAACUGGACGACUGAAUUUGCAACAUGGGCUCCCAGUAUUAAGGUUGUGCCUUAUGACGGAAAUAUGGAGAAGAGGAAGGCACUGAGGGAAGAGUACUUGGGAGAGGGGAAGUUUAAUGUUUGGCUCACUCAUUAUGAUUUAAUCAUGAGGGAUAAAACUUAUCUGAAAAAAAUUCAUUGGCACUACAUGAUUGUUGACGAAGGACAUCGGUUAAAAAACCAUGAAUGUGCUCUUGCAAGGACUCUUGAUGGAGGAUACAAAAUAAGACGAAGACUUUUGCUGACUGGAACUCCAAUACAGAACAGUUUGCAGGAGUUGUGGUCCCUGCUGAAUUUUCUUCUCCCGAACAUUUUUAAUUCAGUUGAGAAUUUUGAGGAGUGGUUUAAUGCCCCCUUCGCAGAUCGAUGUGAUGUUUCGUUGACAGAUGAAGAACAGUUGCUGGUUAUUCGGCGCUUGCACCAUGUUAUAAGGCCAUUUAUAUUAAGAAGGAAGAAAGAUGAGGUGGAGAAGUAUCUACCUCAGAAGUCCCAGGUCAUACUGAAAUGUGAUAUGUCAGCAUGGCAGAAAGUAUAUUAUCAUCAAGUCACUGAUGUGGGAAGAGUUGGACUGGCUACUGGAAAUGGGAAGUCUAAGAGUCUGCAAAACUUGUCUAUGCAACUCAGAAAGUGUUGUAACCACCCAUACCUAUUUGUUGGUGAAUAUAAUAUCUGGCGUAGGGAGGAGAUAUUUAGAGCAUCGGGAAAAUUUGAGUUACUUGAUCGUUUACUUCCCAAACUGCAUAGAGCUGGGCACAGAGUACUCCUUUUCUCACAAAUGACACGACUGAUGGACAUUCUUGGAGUUUAUCUGGAUCUUCAUGGUUUUAAGUUUCUUAGACUUGAUGGCUCAACAAAAACUGAAGAAAGAGGGACAUUGCUAAAACAAUUUAAUGCCCCAGAUUCCCCUUAUUUCAUGUUUCUUUUGAGUACACGCGCUGGUGGUCUUGGUCUAAAUUUGCAGACCGCAGAUACUGUUAUCAUCUUUGACAGUGACUGGAAUCCUCAAAUGGACCAACAAGCAGAGGAUCGAGCACAUCGCAUUGGGCAAAAGAAGGAAGUGAGGGUUUUUGUGCUCGUGAGUGUCGGAUCAAUUGAAGAGGUAAUCUUGGAGCGUGCGAAGCAAAAGAUGGGAAUUGAUGCAAAGGUCAUUCAAGCAGGACUGUUCAACACAACGUCCACAGCUCAGGACAGGAGAGAGAUGUUGGAGGAUAUUAUGCGUAGAGGUACGAGCUCACUGGGAAGAGAUGUACCAAGUGAAAGAGAGAUUAAUCGUCUUGCUGCCCGAUCAGAUGAGGAGUACUGGAUGUUCGAGAGAAUGGACGAGGAGAGAAGGCAGAAGGAAAACUACAGGUCUCGACUCAUGGAAGAUCAUGAGGUACCAGAUUGGGUAUACACUAAACCUGAUCCCAAGGACACCAAGGGGAAAGGAUUUGACUAUGAAAGUGCUAAUCUAACGGGAAAACGACGUAGGAAGGAAGUUGUUUAUGCAGAUACACUUAGUGAAUUACAGUGGAUGAAGGCUGUGGAAAACGGCAAAGAACCAUUUAAACAUACAACUAGAGGAAAGAAGACGGAACAUUUUCCUCCCACGACAAAUGAUUCGAUUUAUCAUAGUGAUGAAGUUGGGAAGAAAGUGAUAGAGUUGAAGAGCAAACCUGAGACUGUGCCAAGUGAGUUCACUAAUGAGAAAAGCAGCAUUAAGUUGUCUCUGAAAAUGCAUAAUUCGGAGACAGCAAGUUCCCCGUCGAAUGAAUUUGUAGAUGCAGGUACUACUUCCAAGGGACGGAUGUUAUCAUGGAAGCCACAUAAAAGGAAGAGGUCUAGCCUAGUGUAAUGAGUCUUCCAUAUAAUCUUUCAUUCUAAUUUAGCAACAGAUACAGUGGAUAAACCUCAAUGUAGUGGCUUUACUACAACACAACCAAAGGCUAGUAGUAAACCAGGUAAGCAUGUAGGCUAGGAGCAUUGGAGGAUCGACGCAAGACUCGGCACUCACAAGUCAUAAGAUCAUGAAGUUUUUCCUUCCUUUAAAUUGUGGAAAAUAAUUUACAGUCGUAUUGUUUUCGAAUCAACAACAUCGAUGUAAUCUGAUACUUAUUAUUUCUUACAAUUAGUUGGAUUUGAAUCGGAGCGAAAGUACUUUAUAUUUAA